AUCCUGUUGGACCCAUUGGUAUUAUUCCUUGUCAAGUGGUCUCGUCAUCACUAAAAGCAAUCUUGUAGGCAUAGCGCAUGCUACUUCAAGUGACGAUAUAUUCAAUGGCUACUUCAUUCCAAAAGGAGCAACCGUCAUAUCCAACAUAUGGGCCAUUUCACAUGAUGAAAAGCGAUACCACGAGGCAUCUAGUUUUAUACCGGAGAGGUUCCUGGACGUCAAUAAUGCGCUGACGGACGAUGACCCUGCUAGAUAUGUUUUCGGCUUUGGCCGGCGUGCAUGUCCAGGCCGAUAUGCCGCUGAUGCCUCUUUGUGGUCCGCUAUUGUUACUAUGUUGGCCACGACAGAAUAAACCUUGCCUUCCUCCUGGCCCAGCGCCGCUCCCACUGUUAGGGAACGUCUUAUCUAUCGACACCAAGGAGCCUUGGUUGACUUAUACAGAAUGGGGUGCUGCUUAUGGUACGUGGGCAGAUAGUAUGGCCAGGAAGGUCGUGGUGAUCAAUUCUCAGCACGUUGCAGAAGCCUUAAUGGACAAGCGUUCUCGCAUUUACUCCGAUCGACCAUACUUAGCCACAGUCGAGCCAUUUGGUUGGUCGGUCAACUUUGCAUUCACAAGAUAUGGUGACGAAUGGCGUCUUUGCCGACGACUCUUCCACCAGACUUUCCGUCCCGACUCUGCACUCAAAUUCCGUCCAAUGCAGCUCAACCGGGCUCGUGAAUUGAUCGUCAACCUAAUUGAUGACCCUCGGCAUUAUCAUUCUCACUUCGCAACGUUCUCGUCAUCAGUUGCGAUGUCAGUGGCGUACGGCUACCAAACUCGUCCUCGUGAUGACCCACUGGUUCAAAUCGUAGAAAAUGCAUCGGCUAUUGGCUUUGAGCUGCUGACCCCAGAGAAAGCAAUGUUACUUAAACUCUUCCCUUUCUUACUGAGGUUACCUGACUGGUGCUGGGGAUCCGCGCUCAAACGCGAUGCUGAGGUUUCGACCCAUCGCAUGACUGAAGUGACGAACCGGCCGUUCCAAUAUGCGCAGGAACAUAUGGCCGACAACUUGUCCCUCAGCCAGAUUUCUAUGGUAUCAGACAAUGUGCAACGGAUGGAGAAGCUAGAUCAGGCAUCAAAACCCAUUCUCGAGACUGCCUUAAAGAAAGCAGCUGUUACUGCUGUACUGGGUUCAUAUGAGACGACCACCUCGACCUUGAUGACUUUUGCUCUCGCCAUGGUAUUGUAUCCAGAUGUUCAGAGACGCGCACAUGCGGAGAUCCAAGCAGUGGUUGGAGGAGCUCGAUUGCCCACGUUUGAAGACAGAGCCUCGCUACCCUACGUCGAAUCGGUCCUACGGGAAACUUUGCGAUGGCAUCCUGUUGGACCCAUUGGCAUAGCACAUGGUACUUCAAGUGAUGAUAUAUUCAAUGGCUACUUCAUUCCCAAAGGAGCAAUCGUUAUAUCCAACAUAUGGUUAAAUAAUAGAUCCUCUCUGGCUUUCAAAAUACUGAAGUUAUUGUGCAGGGCCAUUUCACAGGAUGAGAAGCGGUAUCCCGAAGCAUCUAGCUUUAUACCGGAGAGGUUCCUGGACGUCAAUAAUGCGCUGACGGACGAUGACCCUGCUAGAUAUGUUUUCGGCUUUGGCCGGCGUGCAUGUCCAGGCCGAUAUGCCGCUGAUGCCUCUUUGUGGUCCGCUAUUGUUACUAUGUUGGCCACGGUGGAGUUUUGUUCUGCCAAAGAUGACCAGGGCAAAGUGAUCGAAUUUACCCCCCGAUUCACGACGGGACUCACUCACUCCCCUAUGGUCUUCCCUUGCAAUAUUUUAGCACGCUCUCGUGCCCAUUCAGAAUUUGUGGAUGCUUUCCGAACAGGAAUAUGACACGUUUUCUGGUGAAUGAAUGUAUACAUAUAUAUAUCUUCCUUCUUUCUUGGGCCCACACUACCUGGAUCCAUCGCAACAUGUCCCCCACGGUUCUCGCUGUUAUUGUCACUGAUGAUCACACUCAAAUUGUUCUCGCAUUCUCGCUGUUGCUAUGUCGUUUAUCAUUAUUGCACUCGUAUUAGUAUUCCUGCAGUCCAUACUGUGUCUGUAGUCCAUACUAUGUCUGCAAUGCAUAUUUUCUCAGAGAUUCUGAUAGAU